GAAGAGUUAACCACGCAAUUUUCAUAUUUGCAUAAUUGGCAAUAAGUGUCAGAUUUGCUUGAAACUGAAGGAUUUGGCGGUCUGUUUUGGUAAAAUAUUUGUUAAAACAUUCAUAAAUAGCGGUUUCGAUGAGCAUAAAAUUGUGAUAAAAUUAAUUUAAUGAACAAUGAAGGCACAGCGUACUCAAGAAGUGUAAAAAUGUUACGGAAACCUCCGAUACGCAUCUCGUGAUGCUUCCACCUCUUUCGUUCACCUAUUUCAUUUUGGCGCUUUUUCUUCACCAAUCACAAGGCACCAUCUACACUGUUUACUUUUCAUUGGCUAAUUUUAGACACCAUUACUGUUCUCGUAUUGGUGAAUUAUAAGUCAUUGUGAGCAUCCAACAAUUUUUGAGAUAAUCGGAAGAACAAGAACUUAACGGAAAUUUGUGCAAGGAAUUUCAAAGUUUUUUAGUAAUAUUUUUGUUUGUCGUCGAUAUACUACAUUCAGUGAAAAUGGGAGACGAAAACAGAAUCCGCUCUUUCAAGAAUAAAGGCAAAGACUCUGAGGAGAUGCGUCGCAGACGUGCAGGUCAAACUAUAGAACUUAGGAAAGCCAAAAAGGAAGAUCAGUUACUGAAACGGAGGAACAUAUCAUUGCAAGAAGAAGGCUCAACCCCACUACAAGAAAAUAACACUUCGCCUACUAGCAUGACAGCAGAAGACAUUUUGUGGGGAAUGAUGAAUCCUGACGAGAAUCUACAAUUUAAAGCAACUCAGGCCUGCCGUAAAAUUUUAAGUCGCGAGAGGAAUCCGCCUAUUGACCACAUGAUUCGCUUGGGGGUGGUCCCACGUUGUGUCGAAUUUUUAGGGAAAACUGACUGUCCAUCUCUGCAAUUUGAGGCCUGCUGGGCGCUGACCAACAUAGCUUCAGGAACCUCCGAGCAAACGGCCGCCGUAGUCCAAGAAGGAGCUUUACCCAGACUACAACAACUCCUGUCGUCGUCACGGACCGACGUGGUGGAACAAGCGAUCUGGGCAAUCGGCAACAUCGCAGGCGACGGCCCAGAGAAUCGCGACUUGGUGCUAAACUACGGGAUUUUACCGAACCUCUUGAACCUAAUCAAACCGACCACACCGCUAUCGUUGAUGCGAAACAUCUGCUGGGUGUUGUCAAAUCUCUGCCGCAACAAAAAUCCCUACCCCAAUUUCGACCUAGUGAAACCAGCGUUGCCGUAUUUGGCGAAGUUGUUAUGUAGCGAAGACAAAGACGUGUUAGCCGACACAUGUUGGGCCUUAAGCUAUAUGACGGAUGGCAGCAACGAGAAAAUCCAAGCCGUUUUGGAUACGGGAUUGAUCGAUCGUUUAGUUAUGCUUCUGUACAGCGAAGAGAGCACGGUUCUCACGCCAGCGUUGAGGGCUGUGGGCAACAUCGUCACGGGAAAUGACCUUCAGACUGACAUGGUGAUCAACGCGGGAGCACUGGACUGCAUGAUCCGCCUUCUCCAAUACAGUAAGCUAAAUAUUGUCAAGGAGGCCGCUUGGACCGUUUCGAAUGUCACCGCCGGCAACAGCGAACAGAUUCAGAAAGUACUGGAUGCUGGAAUCAUGCCAUUCCUUCUUAACGUCUUGCAGACAGGUGACUUCAAAUCUCAGAAAGAGGCCGCAUGGGCUGUCACUAAUUUCACGAGUGGUGGUACUGCGGCCCAGUUGGGUCAGUUGGUAGAAAUGGGAGCCUUGAAGCCCAUGUGUAAUCUAUUAAAUUCAAAAGACAGCAAGACCAUUAUUGUUGUUCUGGAAGGUCUAAAUAAUAUUCUAGGGGCCGCUGCUAAGGUUGACCAGGCGGAAAAAGUGGCCGUUAUGAUUGAGGAAUGUGGUGGUUUGGAUGGUAUUGAGGCUUUGCAGUCACAUGAUAACGAAAAGGUUUACGAACGGGCGUUGCACAUCAUUGAGAAUUAUUUCGCUGAGGGUGAAGAGGAAGCAGUGACUGCUAGUGUUACUAAUGGACAAAUUCAAUUUAAUACUCCAAGCAUGACUGACCAGACACCAUUUUCUUUCUGAAGCUUCCAGAAAUUCCAAGUUUAUAAUGAUCUGUCAUUCCUUACUAUUGAUAAUUUAUCUUUUUGUAUUUUUAUAGCAUAUUUUGCGUAAUUUAAGUUUCAAUGAUCAAAAUUUAUUACCCAGUUUACAUUUUGGCAAUAAAAGUAAUACACAAAAA